AGUGCGUGGGCUGGAAUAAUUUAAGGAUAAGGACUGCAGAGCGCUCAGAUCAUACGAGUCAACUCUAACAAGGCUUUUAUUUCUACACCAUGACAGACAAGAAUAGGCUCAGGUCUGUUGACUUUGUUCAUUUCUGUACCCGUGUGUGAGUAGUUAUUUUAUAGCGGAGAGGAGCAUGUUGGAUUAUUAACGUGUGGGUAUCCUUGGAUCAAACUGUGAGGAAUAUAAGACAGGUGACUUUAUGUAGAGGAACAACAGCUGCUUCAGGAUGAGACUGUGGACUUUGCUCUUCAUUAUCCCGGUGUGCGCAUCCUCUCCUCUGUCAGCAGAGACGUCUAAGUCCAAACCUCCAUCUGCGGAGAGCCGCUGCUCCGGCCGAGCCUGCAACCCCCGCAUGGGCAACCUGGCCCAGGGCAGAGUCCUGAGCACCCUGUCGAUGUGCGGCUCCAACUCCUCGGAGCCCUACUGUAUCUACAAAGAGGCAUCCUCCCCCCGGAGCAGGGAGUCCUGCCUGCUUGCAAAAUGCACCAAGUGCAACUCAGCUAUCCCCAGCCAGGCGCACCCUCCCUCCGCCAUGAGCGACUCCUCUUUCCGCUACCCGGACACUUGGUGGCAGUCUGCGGAGGGGGUGAAGCAGGAGACGCUCCAGCUCGACCUGGAGACGGAGUUCCUCCUCACCCACCUCAUCCUGGUGUUCCGCUCCCCCCGCCCCGCUGCCAUGGUGCUGGAGCGCUCCCAGGACCACGGGCUCACCUGGAGGGCUCUCAGGUACUUUGCCCGGGACUGUGAGGGGGUGUUCGGCCUGGCAGAGGGGUCGACAGACGGGGAGAGUGGAGCAACCUGCACCUCCAAGUAUUCAGGAGCUUUUCCUUGCACCAGAGGAGAGGUGAUCUAUCGAGCCUUGUCGCCCUGGCACUCAGUGGAUCCAUACGGACCAGCCGCCCAGAACCAGCUCAUGAUCACCAACCUCAGAGUCCGCCUGCUGCAGCGCCAGCAGUGUCCCUGCCAGGCCAAACAUCCUGAUGCUGCCGUUCUCCCCACAGACCACUAUGCCAUCUAUGAUUUCAUUGUCAAAGGCAGCUGCCUUUGUAAUGGACACGCUGACCACUGUGUCCCAGCCGGGGGGUUCCAGCCCAGCCAACAGAAGACCAACAACAUGGUCCACGGCAAGUGUGUCUGCAGACACAACACAGCCGGUGACCACUGCGAGCGCUGUGCACCUCUCUACAAUGACCAACCCUGGCAGGCGGCCAACGGCAUCAUAGGGACACCGCAUGAGUGCCAGAAGUGCAAGUGUAACGGUCACGCCAAGAGCUGUCACUUCAGUCGGGGAUUGUGGCUGGCGACUGGACGGAGGAGUGGUGGCGUGUGUGAUGACUGCCGCCACAACACAGAGGGCCGUCACUGCCAGAACUGUAAGAAGGGCUUCUUCAGGGAUCCCAGCCGACCAAAAACUGCCCCUGACUCCUGCAAAGCCUGUUCCUGCCACCCUGUAGGCUCCAUCCUCUCAGGAGGUAGCACUCUCUGUAACCCCAGCAGCGGGGAGUGCACUUGUAAGCCCGGUGUUGGAGGCCCCCGCUGUGACAGCUGCAUGCCGGGAUACUGGGGGCUGCAUGAGUACGGCUGUCGUCCGUGCGACUGCACAGGGGACUGUGACCCCUACACUGGUGACUGCAUCUCUGGCUCAGAUGUGGAGGUCUUCUAUACAGCCACCGGCCACAUGGGACACAGCAGCAAUAAUAGUGAGACGGCACUCUUUAGGGUAGAGGAGCUUUUCUCUGCACUGCACCACUCUGAGAAAUGUGAGUGUGUGGAAGUGACCCUUGGCAGCCCUAAACUCUUCUGUGCUGCAGAGUAUGACUACGUGCUGGUGGUGAAGGUAAUGUCGGCUCAUGAUAAAGGCUCCCACGCAGAAGUGGAGGUCAAGGUCAAGAAGGUCUUGCACCAGAACCCUCGGAUGAAGAUCCAGAGGGGAAACGUCAACCUUUACCCAGAGUCCUGGACCAGCCAAGGCUGUACCUGUCCCAUCCUCAACCCAGGAUCUGAGUAUGUCGUGGCCGGUCAUGAGGACUGGAAGACCGGCCGACUGAUGAUCAACACCAAGAGCCUGGUUAAACCUUGGAAGUCAAAUCUGGGACGCAAAAUCCUUCACAUCCUCAGAAAAGACUGCGGCCGCUGGUAGGGCAUCGCCACGGACUGCUACAGACAGAGGGGUGAAGGGGUGGAGGAUGAUCUGUGACAUACAGGAGUGAGCAGAAUGAACAGAGACACUGUCUGAUUUGGGCAUUGCUUGGACAUUCAAAUGAAAGCCCAUGCCCACUACAGCGAUUUGACUGUUUCCUCUGUUUCUAAAUUGGAGUCCACUGCCCCAAGAAAAAGCUGCAAUGCUGAUAGAAGUAAGCACAUACCUCGCCAGAUGACAGUCACUUAAGAAUCAAAGAGAACAAAGCAAGCCAUAAAGACUUUCAUCCGGACAAAGACAAAGCUGAUGUUGCAUUUAUUCAUUGUCUAUGUAUGAUAUUUUCCAGGUUAUUUAUAAAACAAUGCAUGUUAAAGGGACAGUUCACCUCUAAAUCAAAAGAACAGAUUUUUCCUCUUACCUGUAAUAGUGUUUGUUGAUCUGGAUUGUUUUUGCGUGAGUUGCCAAGUGUUGGAGCUAUCAGUUCUAGAGGUAUUUGCCUUCUUUCGAAUAUAAUGAAACUAGAUGGCUUUCGGCUUGUGGUGCUCAAAGCACCAAAAAAUACAUUUGAAAACUCAACACUAAAUACAGAAAUCAUGACCAAGUUACUCAAGAAAAUCCAGAGACCUUGUGAGCAGCUUCAAGUAGGAACUAUUUUCUUUCUACCGAACUAUUCCUACCAACUGUAUCACUGCAAAGAAGGAAGCGUGCAUCUACUCAUGGACGAGAGGCUCAUGACAGCAUGAGAUGUAAACAUUAAUGGCAUCCUUAUUGUCUCAGCUCUAACGUUAGCUAGCUCAGACGCUGUGAGCACUAGGGCUGUCCCCUCAUAGUCGACCAAACGUUAGUCAACCACAAAGGUCAUAAGUUGGCAAGAUUUCAUUGUUCGGUUAG